UUUAAAAAUAAAAAGUUAUUCAAAUCAUUCUGUUUGGGGUGGAUCAUGCCAUGUAUAAUUACAGUACACCUCAUUCUCAACACUUUUUUUCCUUUUGUUGACUAAAAUGCUAGCUAACCAUCUAACUUUCUAUCUAUCUUGAUACAAUGCUAGAUACUAUGAGAAACAAAAACAUAUAGUAUAUGAUGGGAACACCCUCUCUAGUUUCUCAUUGCCAUUAACUCUCUCCACACCAAGAUUCUUCCCUCUCCCCCCUCUUCCCUGUUUCCCUCUCCAACAAUGGAAGAAAACAAGGGAGAUUUUGAAGCAGGAUAUAAGUCUCUUAACAAAAUGGGUGACCGGAAAGGUGGUUUUCCAGCUACAAUGUUCAUAUAUGUUUUGAUUGCUCUUGAGAAUAUGGGAUUUGUUGCAAACAUGAUGGUGAGCAUGGUACUGUACUUCCUGUUUGUAAUGCACUUCGAUUUGGCCGGUUCAGCAAAUACUCUCACGAAUUUCAUUGGUUCCACUUAUUUGCUCUGCCUCUUCGCCGGUUUCAUCUCCGACACUUACUUAACUAGAUUCAACACAUGCCUUGUAUUCGGAGUGAUCGAAAUUCUGCAUUGGCAAUGGUGACACUUCAAGCUCAUUACAAAGAAUUACAUCCAGAUGCAAUGAUGCCAAUGCAAGCUUGCAGUGGUUCAACUUGUCUAAAAGUCGGUAAAGCGGCGAUCGAUGUUCUACAUAUCUCUGUGUUUGUUGGCACUGGGUGCAGGUGGAAUGAGAGGAACUGUACCGGCACUUGGUGGUGACCAAUUCAAUCAAAAGUGUGAACACAUAAAUCACGAAGGCAUCCGAGUGCUCACAACCAAUCAUCGUAAUCUAGAGGAAUUUGUGAUGAUGAUAUCCUAGUGUUGAUUCCUUGGCUCAAAACCUUC